GAAUUUGCACGAUUUAAGAUCGAGCUGUAUUAUAAUACAAACGGAUUAAAUGAGAUUUACUAUUGCAAUUUAAUAUUUUUUUGCGACUCGUAUCGAUGAAUUUGACGAGGCAUUGACAGCUUUAAGCCAUAAAUAGUUCACCCUUACACUCGCUGGUGAAUGUCUUUCGAUACAUUCGCUAUUGAAUGGAUAUUUGCCGUGGUAUAAGGUGUCGAAAGGAUAUACUGUGUAACACUACAAUGAAUAUAAACGUGAUUGUAUCAGUUGAAUAGGUUCUGAAGGUUAGCAAAUAUGCAAUUUUAAAUGCACGAUGUGGCGAGUAUGUUUAAUAUAGAGGAUACAUACUUAACUGAAAUCGCAGUUUAAAUUUUAAUGUACUUACAUUACACACGUGAAACGUUCUCAAAUGUACGCGGCUGAUUUUGUGAAAAUCAUUUGUAUAGGAACGAAAAACACAUAAAGCGGACACAGGAAAAACAAGAGACCUACACCGGCGAAGGAAGCUGACUGGAGUUAACACGGCGUGGGCGAACAAUCAAGAUAUUUUUAUAAGUGCCGCGUUCACAGGAAGGUCAAUCGAAAUAUCGGUUAUCAGGUUCGUCAUCUGGAAUAAUUUGUGUACUCAUUAGUGGCGGCAUUAAAACAAGCGCAACAUUGUGACAUUUCGAACAGAUUGAGAUUUGUGUUAUAAUAUAAGUCAUUAAGAUUACCAGGAGAAGAGAUCUCAAAUUGACAUUAAUCGCUUGCUUCAUUGGAUCUUAAGACACAUUUCGUAAUAUUUGUAAGAAGAAAACGAACAAGCAAAACCACACAAGCUUGAAAGAUUUUUUUAUCUUGCCUACCUGCUAUAAAACGUGACAUUUUACGGAUUGUUUGUGAAACAAACGCAAAUGAAAUCUAACACCUGUUUGUUUACAUGAUUAAUAUUUAUUUUUUGGACCAGCUAUUGCCAAAAGCGACUACAAUAUAGCGUCACGAUUUAGAAGUCCAUUUUGUAUUAAAUACGUAUUUGCAAUACAUUUGUCAGACACAUUUAAACAAACACAAAUUCGCAACUCGAUGUCGCAUGUCAAUAUAUUAUAUAUUUACAUGAACUUCAUUCCUUUCCGCCUCUGAACAAUUAAACAAAAGCGAGAAACUUGAUACCGCGACAGCGUGAAAACAAAACCACUCGUCAAAAAUCGAAAGUGUAUUGCUUUCAAUAUAAGAUUAAAGGUUCUUAUAAAAAAUAACUUCUGUCCGCAAAGUUAUUGACUCGAAACGACCACUGGUACGAUUUAAUAAACCAACACGGCAUUGGUUACAUGGACGUUCGAUGAUUGAAUAGAGGCGAGCGUUUGAUUACCACUAUAAUCUCCCACGUAUUUGUAAAUCAUUUUUUUUAAUAAUCUGGCUACGAGCUAAAAUGCCGUAAAUGGAUUUAUUGUGCUUGGGAUAUUAAGCGACACUCUAAAAGCGCCAAAGUAAUAACCUGUGUGGCGGUUGUAUACUGGCUGUUGUUGAACAAUUUUAAAUCUGAAAAUAGUUUUGUAUUAACGGAUAACGCCUUUGCUAAUUCUAAGCCUUCAUCUCAUUGUUGUUGAAAUACAUUCAAUUGUCAGGUAUUGUCAAUAAAUAAAAGAAUUUUCAAUAGUUAGUUGCGAGUUAAUAGUAAUUUCACUGUUUAAGAAAUGCAAAUGGAACUAUAAACGUAUAUACAGAAGUGAAAAACCAAUUGAAAUAUGAGGUUCGAACAAAAUCUGGGAGGGUUUCGUGAACAACUUGAUGAGAGUCCACAGCCUUUGACCAGGGAAGGCAGCGCUAGCGUUUACAUCGACAUGAGCGACGAGUCCUCAUCCGUCGAAGAAACAAACGGUUUUGACGACACACACAGCCUGGGAGACACGCCGGAAGGGCGCCUGUCGCGAUCCUUACAGUCGUGGAUGAUUGACCAUGAGUGGCACAGUGUAAAACCGCUUGAGAAGCCGCCUAAGGAGCCCGUGUUCAGCGGGCGGUUGGGGAAGGAUAGAUACACAAAUAACCGGAGCCGUGUUCAGCACAAUAACAAUGGAUAUAGCCAGAGGACGGACGGACGGGAAAGGGGACAGAAUAGAGAUGGUCAAAACACCCAGUUGACCAGAAUACCUAGUGACGAAUCGAUCUAUACCUGCAUUUCUUUAUUGACCUGUUCUUUUGUGGAGAAUGAAUCCGUAGAAACAGAAGCACAGGUACUGUGCGAUAAACGACAUCGCAAAAAGCGUUUGGCCUCUUCGCAUGGUUCUUCGACCACUGUUGAAAGCAGCGGGUUUCACUCGAAAUGGGUAGAGUUUGCAAACAGGAGGCGCGGGGCAAUGAAUCAGUUGAUGAGGGCGCAAAAUGCGAGGGCGAACGACUAUGGUAUUGCGUAUGCAGUUGGAAAUGAUGAUAACGAAUCAGAAGCUUUUCGAAACUUAGAUAAGGAAGAUCAGUCUGCCUUGUUUAGUGCUGGCAUGACAAAAGGCUUGCGGUUUAUUGAUAAAAUAGAAAUGAAGAAAAGUGAAAGUCACAACGAUUUGGUAGACGCUAUUGAAAAUUCAGAAAAAGACAGAAGAGUUCCGAAAAGGACUUAUUCGGCCAAUGCUAAGCGAGGAUGGGGUAAAUCUUUUGAUAUUGGUGAACUCAAAAGAGAACGAAUGAACAAACUGUUGGCAUUGGAGCAGGAGCGACUUCAAAAGGAAAAAGAGAAGAAAAGAAAAGGCAGACGACCUCAAAGAAAAUCAGGUCUUCAACUUCUUGACCAGGUUCAUUCUCAAUCGCCGUCGGCAAGCAUCAAGGGUUCGUUUACAAGCGAGAAAUCUAAAUCGCACCACAGCUCGCGACAGUAUACUGAAUCAGAACGGGAGAGUCAGGCUGGCGGGGAUGUGGAAGAAAAAGUAGAAACUAUUUGGAAAGGGGAUCGCGAGAUUCUCGAAAUUGAUCUUAAACGGGAAUUAACGCACAGGGUGAAGGAAAAAAUCGCGUCAACUAGAACAGCGCUGAAACGCGUCACAGGCGUUGGUGAGACAAACGAGAGGAAAGAGAUUAUCGGCAGACUUGAUGACUUUCCCUACCACACGGAAGACGACUUCAGCCAUAUACCUCGAAUUGUUCAGAAGAUGCGCAUAUCUCCGCAUCUGAGUGGCGUGAUACAUAAUGAUAUUCAGGUGCGGAUGGGUCGCCCCCGUUAUCACGAGGUUCGGGAACAGGACCUUGAACAAUGGAACAAGGGGCAGUUCUUGAACCGGGCUCAUACCAACCUGAAAGUGUUCAACUGGUUGCACAGUCUCAGGAAUGUGGACUUCACAGGGUUUCGCGCACCGGAAAUCGUUGAAAUCAGCGACGAGUUGGUUGAAGAGCCAGAACAUAUUGAGGCUGCCGAUGACCCGGAUGUAAAGCCGAUGUUUCAACAAUACAGCGUGAGGAUAUUGUGAUGAAAGCUUAGAUAUGUAUAUUUUUUCUUUGAGUUUACAUAAAUUGUUCAGCUACUUAUUUGGUUUCAUUGACAUAACAUAAUGUAUAUGAUUAUUUAGUUAUUCAGUUAUAUAUUUCGAUGUUAUGUUUUCAAUUGCUUAAGUUAUCUAAGUUAUUGCAUAACUCUUUCAACAAUACAGCGUUUAUUUUCGCAAUGAUAACUCAGAUAUCGACUUAUAUAUUUCAAGUUAAUAUAUUAUAUUCAUCGAGUUUUCGUAUAUAAUACUUAAAAUACACAGCGCCAUAAUAUAAUCAUUACUCAGAAGGACAUUUUGUUAAGUGGUUUUAUUAGAUUGUAUUAACUGCAGUAUAUCGCUUACCUGAAUAUAAAUCACGUUUGUCCAAUAAGUGCCACUUUCCGCUGAUUAAGGUAUCGACUUGAUAGGAGGUUUGAAAACUCGCUGACCCGUACUGCUAUCGAUUUUUCUAUUGGUAUUGUACUCUUGAUAGUUUAGCACUCAGUUAUAUGCUGAUGUUGAUUUUUGAUAUGUUUACUUUAUACGUUUAUCUGAUGUUUAUUUUCAAUGAAAUAUUGAGUUAGUGAUUUAAUCAAUGUUAUUAUAUGAGUCGCGUUCUGUGAAAACUGGGCAUAAUGCAUGCACAGGCUAAUCAGGAACGACACUUUCCGCUAAUAGUGGAUUUUUGCUAAGAGGAGACUUCAUUUUAACGAAAAAUGUCAUACAGGCGUAAAGUGUCGUCCCUGAUUAGCCUGUGCGGAUUGCACAGGCUAAUCUGGAACGGCACUUUACGCACAUGAAUUAUGCCCAGUUUUCUCCGAACACGGCUCAUAUAUUGUUUAAAUAUGUGUACGACACGUUUUGUUAAUGUGUAUAUUUUCUAUGAUUACUCAUUGUAACCGUUCACAUGUAAAACGUUUACUUUCAAUAUUUUAUCUGAUAUACCGGUAUUUAUAUAUUUUUUACACCAUGCACUCGUUCAAUAUGUAUUGUGUUCUUGCCGUUUAGAAUAGCAUUAAACAUAAUUAAUUUUCAUGAGUAGUAUGUGCCUUCGUAUAUGUAUGUG